AUGGAUCUGAGGAGCGUGGGGAUGCUGGACCUACACCGGGGCUCUUCUAAGGAGGGAGAAGUAGUGGAGGAGGAAGAAAUAGAAGAGACUCCAGACACUAGUAGCGAAAGUAGCAGCAAGGAGCCAUCGGCCAAUGCUGGAGGCAAGCCAAAAGCAUUCCUUGUGACUUGGGAUGUAUCUCCAGUUCACAUGAAUCCCAUUUCCCAAUCCCAGUUUGUUCCUUUGGCAGAAAUUCUUUGCUGUGUCAUAUCUGAUAUGAAUGAAGCUCAUAUUGCUGUUACACAGGAAACCUUAAUGGAUCAACUGGUGAAAAGUUAUCCAGGCAUAGCCAUUCCCUCACAAGAAAUUCUAUAUAAUACUCUUGGAAUGUUAAUUAAGGAAAGGAAGAUCUAUCACACUGGAGAGGGAUACUUCAUAGUGACACCCCACACCUACUUUGUCACUGAUAAUGUCAUGAGGCAUGAGAAAAAGGUCUUGUCAGAGGAUAACUGGUCUUCUCUGCCACCUGUCACAUAUCUUGUAAGCAUAGACAGCUGUGCUGACCUAACAAAAGAAAAUGUUCCUACCAUGACCCACUGCAGAUCCUGUCAUUGUUUCCCUGAUCAGACUACAUUCAGUGAACAAAGAGAUCAGCAACUAAUGAACCAUGAACCUAAGGGAAGAGGUCAAAAAGGCUCUGAAAUGAAACUUUCACUUCGGAGUCAAUCUGUCUCUACAUCAGCUGGUAUUCAUUCCCGUGACACAAUCAAGUCUUUAACUUCAGUGAAAGGAAAAGUGAAAUGUAAAAAGUUUGGCCUUGGUCUUUUUAGGCGUAGCACUUCUUUAAAAAAAAAAAAAAAAAUCCAGAAACCUACAAAAGAGUACUCCACUUUUUCAGCCCAGUUUCCACCUAAACAAUGGCCAGUUAGGGAUGAAGAUAGCUUAGACAAUAUUCCACGUGAUAUUGAACAUGAAAUCAUCAAGCAUAUUAAUCCUCUGCUGAUGGUUGAUAAUUUAAUUAAGCACAAAGUAUUAAGGCAAAAAUUUGAGGAGCUGAAAAAAAAAUACAUUAGUUUAGGUACCUCAACUGAAAAGUUGCCAGUCAGACAAAAGCACAUUUCAAAAGUAUAUGCUCACAUGAAGCAAAAUAAAACAGCAAAGCAUCACAAUAGAAUUGAGCAAAGGAAAUCAAAUUCACUAUAUCAUAAUGAUUAUUUUGAUGAGAAUGCCAAUCCUUGUCAACUGCAACAAAGCCAGGUGGUUUCUGGUGGAGGAGAAAGGAAUAAGAUACUGCAAAAAAUGGGAGCUGAAGCAUCUUUGGAAAACUGGAGUGAAACUGAUCCAACUGAGUAUGAUACCAAUGUCAAUAAACCUGAUUCUUGUGAGCAUGACACAAACAAAUGCCACAGUCUUGCUGGGUCACUGGGUAGCUUAGAGUGCCAGAACAAGAAUUUCAUACGACAAAAUUGUUUCUACAGCCAGAUGCCUCAGUUUGUUUACAAAAAAACAGAAGAGCAGGUGGACCUCGUGGAGCCUAUAGGGGCUUCAGAUGUUGCUGUCACUAUGUUUGACAUCAAACAGAUUUUUAGUAGUAUGCAUACUACAGUUUUAGGACAGAGUGUCCGACAAGAAACAAGUAACUUAGAAGGAACAGAAAAUCAUAGCAUGACAGGAGAUGGUGGAAUUGACUUUCCAAGGUAAGAACUCAAAACAUCAGUGAUCUGCUCAUUUCAUUACUGCGUUGCAUACCCAUUUAGGGAUCCCCCCCCUGCUUUUGAAACAUUUUCACAAAUUCACCUAAAGCAAAACAUUAUGUGAAACAAGUUUGCUACUCACAUGAUCACUUGUGGGGAUGAAAAUCAGUGAAAGGAUUUCACAGAAAUUUGAAACUUCCAGAAGCAUGAAUAAUUAAACUAAAAUUCUGCUGAUUUUAAUUUCCAUU